UUUUAUUUCGUUCGAUUUGGUUGUACUUGGCUUUUAUCUCUCGACCAAGUUCUAACCGACUGAUGCAAUUUUAACCAAGGUGGAUAUUUUAACUCGUUCGGCUCGGCAAUGGCACUGCGGUCUACUUUGUAAGCCUCUCGUUUGCGGUAUAGGAAACUUGAUUUUCGAUAGAGGUUGAGUGAUCUUACUCCCAUUUUGUUAGGGCUGCGAGUCCUUGUGGUAGUUGGCACGCUACUUUUGACGUAAAAUAUUUUUCUACAGAAAGAAAAAUCAAAAUAAUUUUUCAUCUAAUUCAUCAUAGCUUUGGAGGCUGUGGUGGAACAUUUUUCAUCUGGAAAUAAAAACCUCUACAAAGCUAUGUGGCGACUUAAGCCCUUGUCAAGCUCAAUUCAGCUGUCCUCAGCACUUCCCUCCAAAUGUCAAAUUCCACAGUCCCCUAUUCUAAAUAAACUAAGAGGCACUUCGCUAAGUCCAAAGCAACUUGUAUGUCAUCUAUGGAGUGGAACGAAGAUUUACCAGGCAGGCUUACCUGAAGCUAAUCUGAAGAUCGAUAGUUCUUUUCGAGAGGGACAAGAAAUAGAGGGCUUUACUGUAACUGAAGUUGGUCAUAUUCCUGAAUAUCAUCUCACAGCAAUUCAACUUAUUCACAAGGAUACUGGUGCCAAAUAUCUGCACGUAGACAGGAAAGAUACAAACAAUGUCUUUUCCAUUAAUCUUAGGACAACGCCUAUGGAUUCCACUGGUCUCCCGCAUAUUUUGGAGCACACUACAUUGUGUGGGAGUGAAAAGUUCCCAGUAAGGGAUCCUUUCUUUAAGAUGUUGGUGCGCUCCUUGGCCACGUUCAUGAAUGCCAUGACUGGUCCUGAUUAUACGAUUUAUCCUUUUGCUACCCAAAAUAAGCAGGAUUACUUUAAUCUAAUGUCAGUUUAUUUGGAUGCUGUCUUCAGGCCAAAGCUUUCAGAAUUAGACUUUAAACAGGAAGGUUGGCGCCUAGAGCAUGAAGAUGUUAAUGACCGAAGUUCACCUAUAGUCCUGAAAGGAGUUGUGUUUAAUGAAAUGAAGGGUGUUCUCUCUGAUAAUUCAAACAUAUUCAUGGAGCGCUUUAUGAAUUCUAUUCUUCCAAGUCACACAUAUGCCGUUAACUCAGGUGGAGAUCCCUUGGUUAUUCCAAAUUUAACUCAUGACGACUUAGUUAAAUUUCAUAGAAAUUACUACCGACCAGAAAAUGCAAGAUUAUACUCCUAUGGUACAUUUCCUCUCCAAGACAAUUUGAAGUUCCUUAGUUCUUACCUCGUUAAACACCAAGAAGCUGGAGUCACUGAUACCUCAGUGCCUCUUGAACCCAGAUGGAGUUCUGAACGACGAGAACACUAUUCAUAUAGACCUGAUGCUUUAGCUGCAGAUCCCCAGAAACAAUCCUCUCUUGCUGUUGGUUGGCUUACUGCAGAUAUAAAAAAUGUCCAAGAGAAUUUUGAACUGGAGAUCAUUACAGAAUUGCUUGUAAAAGGACCAAAUUCACCAUUUUACAAAACCCUUGUGGAGCCAAAUAUUGGAGCUGGUCUUCAUCCCAUCACAGGCUUUACAAGCCAAACUCGAGAUACUAUUUUUGCUGUCGGUUUGCAAGGCAUGGACUCUACUGAUUUUGACAGAGUCGUGAAUAUAAUAGAUAACACACUUGCUGAUGUGGUUAAAAAUGGUUUUGAAAAAGAAAGAGUUGAGGAAGUUCUCCAUAGUAUUGAGCUAAGUAUGAGACAUCAGUCAUCUAACUUUGGAUUAAGUGUGCUCUUUGGCUUAGCACCUUUGUGGAAUCAUGAUGUGAACAUUUUCGAUGCUUUAAGACAAGCAGAUCAAAUAUCCAAACUUAGAUCAAAUUUGAAAAAAUCUCCUUCAUAUCUUCAGGACAAGGUCAAAGAAUAUUUAGUGGAUAAUUCACAUCGUCUUAUACUUUCUAUGUCACCUGACAAUGAUUAUGUGGAAAAGCUAAGUAAGACUGAAGGAGAAAUUCUUGCUAAUAAAGUGAAGUCUUUGUCUGAUGAUGAAAAAGAACUGAUUUAUAAACAAGGUCUUCUGUUGAAAGCGACUCAAGAAAAGAAGGAUGAUCUGUCAUUGCUUCCUACUCUGCAUAUAAGUGAUGUGAAGGAUGACGUGGAACGUCAUACCCUACAGCUAAUUAAUUUCAAAAAUGUGCCUAUUCAAUUUGCUGCACAACCAACUAAUGGUAUCACAUAUUUCCGGGCAGUGCUGAACACAUCUCACCUAACAGAGGAAGAAAAGAAUCUUUUCUCAGUUUUCUGUAGUGUUGCAGCUAAAAUGGGUACUAAAGAUCAUGACUUUCAUGAAUUUGAUCAUUUGGUUCAAAUGAAAACAGGAGGUCUUAGUGUUGGUGUUCAAAGUGUAAACCAUACAUCAGACAUGUUUGCAUAUGAAGAAGGCCUCAUGUUAGGUUCCUAUUGCUUAGAGCGUAACUUUGGUGCAAUGCUUGAUCUUUGGGGAAAACUUUUGAACUCUGUUACAUUUCAAAACAAAGGCCGAUUAGAAACCCUAGUUAAUGAUAUGGCUUCAGACCUAGUAAAUGGCCUUAUUCAUUCAGGUCAUCGGUAUGCCAUGCUAAGUGCUGGUAGUCAAAUCAGUCCUUUAGCCCAAUAUCAAGAGGUAGCUGGAGGUGUCACACAUAUAAAUAUAAUGAAAAAACUAGCUGGUUCAGAUGUGGAACCCCUUCUUUCUCAAAUGGUGCAGAUUGCUCAGAAAACUUUUGUGAAGGAUAAUCUUAGAGUGGCUGUAAAUUGCAUGCCUGAAAUUUUGAAAGAGACAGAAUCUAAACUCACUUCUUUCUUAGAAUCUCUUCCAGGAUGUGCUAACUCACAGCCGAAAAUCUGGACAAAGAAAGAAGCAACAAAUGUGACUAAUGAACCAGGAAUCCAUCAUGUUCUUCCCUUUUCAGUGAAUUUUGCAGCAAAGUCAGUUUUAACUGUUCCAUACAUCCAUCCAGAUCAUGCUGUACUUCAAGUUCUUAGUAAACUGCUUUCUUCAAAAUAUUUGCAUCCCAACAUUAGAGAGAAAGGUGGAGCUUAUGGCUCUGGAGUGGGUGUAAAUCAGUCUGGACUUUUAAACUUUUUUUCUUACCGUGAUCCUAACACAUCAGCAACUUUUGACAUUUUUGACAACUCUUAUAGCUGGGUUGUGAAAAACGAAUUCACAGAUAAAGAAAUAGAUGAGUCUAAGCUUGGAAUAUUCCAGAGUCUUGAUGCUCCAGUUGCACCUGGUUCAAGGGGUAAUCUUGCAUUUGUUAAUCAUGUCUCCUACGAUAUGUUCCAAAAUUAUAGGUUGCAAGUUAAAAAUGUGUCUCGAGAUAGUAUUUUGGAAGUUGCAUCAAAGUAUUUAAAUCCAGAAAGUAAAUCCAUAACAGCUCGCACUCUCAUAGGGCCUGAAAAUAAGGAUGUUAUUUCUCGCUCUGGUGAGUUCUGGAAGACAAUAUCGUACUAACAAAUUAUUCCUCAACUGCUAUGUUAUUAAAAAAAAUUCUCAUUACUUGUAAACAUAUUUUAAAAUUAUCAACUGUUAAAUUGUUGUAUUUUCAAUAAAUACCACUGUAUCAA